AUGCAUGCAGUACCACAGGGAAUGAUCUUUGCAAUUUAUUAUCCUGUGAUUGCAGUGAUCGGGAUACCAGCUAACUUGGCAGUGAUUGUGGUUCUGUCUCGAAGAAGAUGUGGUCUUUCUGUUUGCGUAAUUUAUUACCUGGUGUCCAUGGCAGUGACAGAUCUCCUGGUUAUAAUCACGGUCGUCAUAUUAAACCGGAUUUCAGGGACAUAUUUCACUUCCAGUUUCCUGUCCAUUACACCAGUUUGCAGUUUUCGUUCUGCUUUAUAUUUUGCAGCAAUAUCCAGUUCCGUCUGGUUAACAGUUGCUUUCACCUUUGACCGAUUUGUGGCUAUUUCCUGUCAUGAGCUGAAAAACAAAUACUGCAACGAGAAGAUGGCUGCGCUGAUUAUAGGAAUUGUGUCUGUACUGAGCUGCUUAAAAAAUAUCUUUAUAUAUUUUAUAUAUGAGCCUGUCUACAUAAUUAACAAUAUACCAUGGUUCUGUAGCAUAAAAGUAAUCUAUUAUACAUCACCUGCAUGGGCCGCUUAUGACUGGAUUUGGAUCAUUUUUACUCCAUGGCUCCCAUUUGUUCUGAUUUUGCUGCUUAAUGUUCUGACAGUCAGGAACAUUCUAGUGGCAAAUAAAGCCCGGAAAAGACUCCAGACCCAGCGUAGUGGAGAGAAUCAUAGUGACCAAGAGAUGGAGAAGCGGAAAAAGUCCAUUGUUUUACUGUUUUCCAUCUCAGGCAGUUUCAUUCUAUCAUAUUUGUUGCUUUUUGUGAUGAGCUUCUACAUCCGAAUUGGAAAUGUUACUUACUCCUCAAGUUAUGAUUUCACUAAUUCAUCAUUUGCUCUACAGCAAAGUGGAUAUAUGCUUCAGGUUUUGUGUUCCUGCAUCAACCCAUUCAUUUACGCAGGAACACAGAGUUUAUUCAGAGCUGAAAUAAAGAAAGCAUUGACAUAUCUGUUAAACCCAUUAGUUAAACUAUUUAAAAUGUGA